CAAUGCAAAUACCAGAGGUGGGGCUCUGAUGGAAUACAUCAGAGCCCCCAGGGCCAAGUACACACUUGUAGGAGAAGCUAUACGAUACGUCAUUCCUGCUCAUAUGCAAUGCUCCAUCGGCUGUGGAGGACAAUCCUGCAAGUAUGACAGCCCAGGUUACUGGAGAGAUGACCAACAGGCCAUUAAAGGCCUCUACUCAGCAUGGGUUAGUGAUCAUCUUCUUGCUAUGUCCAGACCAUCAACAGAAACGAUUGAGAAGUACAAGAUCAUUGAUCAAUUCAAAAGGAAUGGUAUUAAAACAGUGAUCAACCUACAGAUACCUGGUGAACAUGCCAGCUGUGGAACCCCUCUGGAACCAGAGAGCGGCUUCUCCUACCGUCCGGAGAUCUUCAUGGAAAACGACAUUUAUUUCUACAACUUUGGCUGGAGUGACUAUGGAGUGGCCAACCUCACCACUAUGCUAGACAUGGUGAAGGUCAUGGCCUUUGCUCUGCAGGAGGGGAAGAUAGCGGUCCAUUGUCACGCUGGUCUUGGAAGAACAGGUGUGCUUUUAGCAUGUUUCCUGGCCUAUGCUACCAGGAUGACUGCUAACCAGGCUAUUCUAUAUGUGCGUGCUAAACGCCCCAAUUCCAUUCAGACACGAGGUCAGCUGCAUUGUGUCAGGGAGUUUGUCCAAUUUCUUGCCCCUUUGCGAAGCGUGUUUUCUUGCGCUGAGCCUCGGUCCAACCCAGUCACCCUGUCCCAGUACCUGAACCGCCAGAGACACAUAUUGCAUGGCUAUGAGAGGAAAGAGCUGAGGAACCUACCUAAGAUUGUCCGGCUGGUGACCAGGCUGCUGUUGGACAUUGCAGAGAAUCGGCAGGUCAUCGAAGAAGACAUUCUGGUGGCCCCAGAUAUUCAUGACUUAGAGAUGACUCAAAGCAUCAUUGAGCAGAUGGGUCCUGAAGUAUUAACAAGGGAACCCCGCUUACCAGGUACACCCACCUUACCGAGACAUUUUAAUGAGCCAGCCAUCUUCUACCAUCGCAAAAGUCUGAGCUACAGCGAGUCUGACUUGAGAAGGCUGGGCUCUGAGCUCAACCUCCUCACUCAACCUCUCGGCCCCUUGUCAAAGAGUACUACCGACACGUCCAUGUCCCCCUCUGAGAGGAGACACCCUCCAAUAGAGAUUAACCGCUGGGGUAGCAACCCGUCUGAUGUCUCGCAAAGCCCAACAGGCUCACUCUGGCACAUCAAGAAUGAAGAAAAGGAUGGAUCCAUCCUAGUGAGGAAAAUUACCCAGACAAACAUUCAACAUAGUGAGUGUGUGGGAAAUGAGGAACCCACCAAAAAGGGCAGCAUGUUGUCCAGGUGGAAGGAAGAGCAGAGGGAAGGGUUAUCAAUGAACGGAAUGACGUCUGAAGUAAGACAAGAGGAGCAUUCAGAGGUGCCCUUCAUCACCCUGCAGUCAGAGCUGUCCCUGGAGAGCAGGAGGCUGCUAGUGGCACAGGCCCUAGCAGUGAACAUCUUUCUUGAUGGGGAGGAAGACCACAAGAGAAAGGUCUUAGCCUGGCAGGCAGAGCUGAACCAAGGCGGUGGCUGGGAGAGACUGUGCUCAGAGCGGGACCCCUUCAUCCUGUCAGGGCUCAUGUGGACUUGGUUGGAACAGCUUAAAGAGCCGGUUGUAUCUAUCCAGGAAGCCAAAGCCCUGAACCCUUACAGCACCAAUGCUCAAACCGUCCUAGAUACACUUGACCAGGCCUCUAAAGAAACAGUAACAUGCGUACUACAUUGUAUGGCUCAGAUGUUGAUGAUACCAGAAGAGGUUGAGACUGCUUUCCUGAACUGUAUGAUCAAAGCUGUCACCUUGCUGGGGACUGACUCAGAUGAUGGAAGAAGAGUGCACGACACCCUGACUACAGUCCUACGAUGUGUCCUUGGGGACAUGAGAUUUAUAGCUAUUGAAGCAGAGGACUCACAAUGUCUGCUUGCUCUUUAACAUAGAAGAGUCUUUUUUAUAAACAAAGCACUGCCUGAACUCUUGUAUGGGGCCAUGAAAGAGGAAAGACUGCUUUUGUGCCUUAUAAAAAAACUAUAUAUCAUUUCAAUGUGAGCAGUAUUUUUUUUAAAGUUAUGUUUUGGGGCGUAUUUGCCUUUUAUUGAAUAGGACAUCUGGAGAGAGACAGGAAAUGUGGGGAGUAGAGAAAGGGGGAAGACAUGCAGUAAAUGGUCACGACCGGAAGUCAAACGUGCGACCGCUGCAGUGAGGACUAUACCCAAUGUGAGCAGUAUUUAAACAUUUAGGAUAUGUUGAUGUUUAUCACUCAUACAAAGAUGACACCACUGUAUUUUCUUACCUCAGUAUCUAGUUGUAUUAACAUAUUGAAGAACAGAUGAUCCAAAUAUAUUUUACAAUACAGUAUGCCUUAAAAUCAGUCACAGUCAAUACCUCAGCUACAUAUAGCAUAGCUAUGAAUAGCUACACCUGUGCAGACUCAUUUCUUACCAAGGAUGUUGUACUAACAGAGUAUCAAUGCCUGUCCCAUAACAAAGCUGUGUUUUUUAUCUAUAGUAAUUGUCUGUUACAUCUUGUAACCUGUGAAGUGUGUAUGUUUCUGAAUUGUCUUUUUCUCCUGUGCUCUCUGGGUCCUCGUUUUCAUCCUCGUUUUAAGCUGUAAUUGAGUUCCUGUUUGUACGUACCAAUCAAGGCUAUAUUGUAAAGAGAGGGAGGAUGUGACAGUUUGAAUGUUGACAGAAAAUACUUCAGGGAUGAGGGAAGUAAAAGUAAAAGUAAAUUGAUCUCAGGGAAAAAGAAAAGGGAAAAAAAAU